GAAACAUUGUUUUGUACAUUUACAGUGUAACAAUUUAUGAUAGGCUGAUCCGGAAGCCCAUACGGUCACCUUGGCUACCACUGUUGCUAUGGCUUGUCAUUCACAACUUCUCAGCGAAGUAACAGGCAUGCAUUGACGUCGAGGCUGUACUAUAACGAUCUUGCCCCCCAGACUACCUACAAAUAUGCUUUUAGUUUGCCAAAUUCAUAUAUUUUGCAAGGAAAAAAGUAAACUCUACAGAGUCAUUCAGAUUUUAUUUGGAACGUGAGCCAUUUUAAUCGGGAUUUGGCAACCAUCUCUGGGACAAACUCAUGGAAACUAGUACAGACAGGCACAGCAGGUCACAGCUACAACGGCCUGAGAUGGACCCACAGCAGGGAAGCCGGUCCACCGCCCCUCUUGUCACUGCUCCUCUCCAGCCCGUGCUGUGUUCCGUACUACCUGAGAACACAGGUGUUCCCCCACCUGGAUGCCCUCUGCCAGGCCAGAGGCCACUGCUUCAGACCAUUGGACACCCAGUGGGUUGACUGGGGGAGCCAUCGUCCCUCUGACCUCCCUGACAAUAAUACCUCCCUCUCCUCCCAGCAGUUGAAGAUCAGCCUAGACCUUAUCACCCGCUCCUCCUCCUUCAUCUGCCUCCUGGGCCACCGAUACGGCCCCUUUAGGCCGGAGCAGGACCCCACACCUCUCCCAGCUGCCGGUCCAGAACGAGAAGCCCUCUGGGGUGGAGAGGAACCUGCAUGUUGCAGUGGAGGGAGGCUACCCCUGGGUCCUCACAGGGAGGAACCAAAAGUGCUCCCUGACAGAGCUGCAGAUCACCCAGGCAGCCCUGAUGGGUGACACCAGACACUGCUUCUUCUACUUCAGAGACUACUCUUUCCAGGGGGAAGAGGAGAAUGAAGACAGGAACACAGAUUAAGGUCAGAGGUCGUAGCUGAGCAUGUUCUCCAAACAGACAGAGGAGGAGAGACACCGAGCCAGGGAGGUGAAGAACAGGGUAGUGGACAGCCUGCAACCUGUAAGGUUCUUCAGAACGCUGCAGGAUCUGGGGGACCUAGUGAAGAGGGACUGGAGGGGCCUCAUGGAACAGCUCUAUGGGUCCCUGGACCAGCAGCCAACCUGUUCAGGCCUCCUGGACUCCCUUGAUAGAUGUUGUCACGAAGGUGCUGUCCAGGCUCUGUGUCGCUGGUUUGCCCCCUCCACCCAGACCGCUGCUGUCAUGGAGGAACUCAACACAUUUAAUGCCUCCCUCACUCAUUCUGACACGUCUCAGAGUCUAGCAACUUCAAGGAAUUCAACCAAGUUAACAGGUGACCAUGACAAACGUGAUUCCGGGGGGUCUAUUUUUCUGCUCUGUGGUGAGAGGGGUUGUGGGAAGUGGUCCUCACUGGCCGCCUGGUGUCUUCAAGAGUUCCGGAAGAAGAAUCCUAGAAUCCCGGCCAUCCCUCACUUCUGUGGAAUCAGCAGCUCCAGUGUGGAUAUCAGAUCUGUACUGAGAGACAUCACCACUGUGCUACGCCUGGCCCAUUAUGGGUCCCAGGCUGAGUGGAGUGAGGGGUUGCAGCACCAUGUAAAGCCCAGGUCAUGUUUUGGUUCAGGCCUUCUCUUCUGCGGCUCUGGGACCCUGUGUUCUGGUUCUGGACGGACUGGACAGACUGACCGGGACCUUCGGGCUCUCAAUGCAGGAGGUGAAGGACCUAUGCUGGCUCCCUGACCCUCUGCCUCCCCAGUGUAAGAUCCUCAUCCCAGCGACAUCCACAGACGUAACCUACCAGAGGCUGAACCUCAGCCCAGACAUUCACACCCUCCCCAGGCCCGGCUUGUCAGACACCUGGGUCCGCCGCAGCGUCCUGCUCCAACACCUUGCCCUGCCAGGAGCCGCACAGGACCCUGCUGCAAUUCAUCUUGGGAACCAAUACCAGGCUGGGAUUUGGACCGCCUGCAGCUGUUGCUGGCGGUGGUGGCUAGCGAGCUGCAGAAGUGCGGCAUCCUGAGGAGAAAGGAGGAGGAGGAGUUGAUAGAGGAGUAUGUGGAAGUGGAUUCUAUGGCGGAGCUGUGGGCCAGGGUGAUUCAGCACUGGAUCAAUGACUAUGGCGGGGUCAGUGAGGAUACGGCCAGUCCAGCCAGCGCUGGAUCAAUGACUAUGGUGGGGUCAGUGAGGGUGCGGUCAGUCCAGCCAGCGCUGGAUCAAUGACUAUGGCGGGGUCAGUGAGGGUGCGGUCAGUCCAGCCAGCGCUGGAUCAAUGACUAUGGCGGGGUCAGUGAGGGUACGGCCAGUCCAGCCAGCACUGGAUCAAUGACUAUGGCGGGGUCAGUGAGGGUGCGGUCAGUCCAGCCAGCGCUGGAUCAAUGACUAUGGCGGGGUCAGUGAGGAUAGGGCCAGUCCAGCCAGCGCUGGAUCAAUGACUAUGGCGGGGUCAGUGAGGAUACGGCCAGUCCAGCCAGCGCUGGAUCAAUGACUAUGGCGGGGUCAGUGAGGGUGCGGUCAGUCCAGCCAGCACUGGAUCAAUGACUAUGGCGGGGUCAGUGAGGGUGCGGUCAGUCCAGCCAGCACUGGAUCAAUGACUAUGGCGGGGUCAGUGAGGGUGCGGUCAGUCCAGCCAGCACUGGAUCAAUGACUAUGGCGGGGUCAGUGAGGGUGCGGUCAGUCCAGCCAGCACUGGAUCAAUGACAAUGGCGGGGUCAGUGAGGGUACGGCCAGUCCAGCCAGCACUGGAUCAAUGACUAUGGCGGGGUCAGUGAGGGUGCGGUCAGUCCAGCCAGCACUGGAUCAAUGACUAUGGCGGGGUCAGUGAGGGUGCGGUCAGUCCAGCCAGCACUGGAUCAAUGACUAUGGCGGGGUCAGUGAGGGUGCGGUCAGUCCAGCCAGCACUGGAUCAAUGACUAUGGCGGGGUCAGUGAGGGUGCGGUCAGUCCAGCCAGCACUGGAUCAAUGACUAUGGCGGGGUCAGUGAGGGUACAGCCAGUCCAGCCAGCACUGGAUCAAUGACUAUGGCGGGGUCAGUGAGGGUACGGCCAGUCCAGCCCAGCCAGCGCUGGAUCAAUGACUAUGGCGGGGUCAGUGAGGGUACGGCCAGUCUAGCCAAAGGAACAGGAGAACCUACCUCUCAGGUGUCCAACAUAGACCUCAGAGGCUGGGUAUGGGACGCUCUCUGCCUCGUUCACCUCUCCCAUGCUGGGCUGACUGAGGAGCAGGUCCUGGUCCUGCUGGAGGUUCUUGGUUACCCUGGGUACUUACAGGUUCUACCUCUGGAGUGGGCCCGGUCCCGCACUGCUGCUGGGCCCUGGGUUCAGGAGAGACCCAAUGGAACACUGAGCCUCACCCACCAAUCACUGGGCCAAGCCAUGGGCCUCCUCCUGCUGAGUUCAGGGGGCUUGAGGAGGACCAGACAGGGCUACCAUCUCAGCCUGGCCCAGUUCUUACAGAGGCAGGGCAGGGAGCUCUGUAGCUGGCCUAAGAUCCUGGAGGAGCUCCCCUGGCACCUGGAGCAGAGUGAGGCCUGGAGGGAGCUACACACCUUCUUCAUAGAGCCACAGACUGUAGAGCACCUGUCUACAACUUGGAGACAGUCUCCUCAGCUGAGAAUGGAUGUUGUCAGGUACUGGACUCUCCUGAUCCUCAGAGGUUAUGACCCCUACACCUCGUACCAGAGCCUGCUGGGUAAGGGAAGCCACCCUCGUACUCUUGUUCAGUCAGGGCGAUGGGCAUUCCCUCCUGCUACACAUACAGAGCAGAGAGAGGUACACAGCAACAGGGCCUUCAUGACUGAGGCCCAAAGUGACGGCAACGAAGAUGGUUGUCAGUGGGAUCCAGGUGUGAAAGGGAGAGUGGAGAUGUUGGUCUCUGAGUUGCUGCUCUGUCUGAACAGGAAGGGGGAAGCAGAGCAGAUCCUACUGCAGGCUGAGAACACCCUCACACAGGCUAGUGAGCAGGACAGAAACAGGGACAGUGUGAUGUUACUGCUGACAGUGCGGCAGACUUUGGCUGAGCUCUAUGGAGACGGACCAGCACAGAGAGGCAGAGACAUACUGUAGAUCAGCUCUGAAGACCGCCCAGACACUCACCACUACCUGCCUUGAGAGACAUGAGAGAAUCACUGUUGGAAAGGGUCAGUUGCUUUGUGUACUCUGCCAGCUGCUGUUUGCAGACGUCCGAAACAUCGAGGCCUCUCAGAUACUCAGUGACAUCAUCAAUAUGGGACACCACAAACUCCACCUGUGUGCUGACGCCACUGUAUCACUGCUCUGUGGGAUACACAGACUCAGCCUGCAAGACCCACAUGGUGCUGAGAAGCACCUCCGGGUUGCCUUGAAAGACCAGGAGGCGCUGGUAUGGUUGAGAGCACCCUCUAGUGGUGGAGGAGUGCCUGGCAGACGUCUUGGCCGACACCUGCGCAGGUGUGGUGAAGAUGUGACGUGUUCAGGUUGAGGCAGAGGCUAGCAGUGGAGCUGUAUCGACACGGUGCACGUCAAAGACCAGGACAUGAAGCUUUGUCCCCCACAUCGCCACGUCUUCAGGCGAAGGGAUGCAGCCUCGCACACACCUUGGUCAAACUUGGCAGGCAGAUAUUUCAUGGCUCCGGUAAGACAGAGAGUAGAGAGGCUGUUGAACUGCUGCAGAGAGGUCUGGACCUGUACAUCUGCUUCCUGGGGUCUGAUCACACACUGACCAGAGACUUACAACAGGUUUUAAACACAGAAUCCAGGAGACCUCUGACCACUUGUGCCUUCAGGUUCAGACCCCUCUCCCACCUCUCCACUAGGAGACUAAGCAGUGGGACCAGACCCAACACAGCCGGACCCCUCCACUCCCACCUGGCCUGGUACAGGGGCACCACACACACCCCUCUGGACCCCUCCGUAAACAGAUCCCUGUCAGCCCCAUCCAACAAGUUCCGCAAUACACAGCCAGAACUGAAACCAGAACUGGUGGAGUACCAGAACUACAACAACAGACAGAAAAAACUGUCUUCUUCUCCCAGGCCCUGGUCUGCCUUCCAGACCCCACAGGGUUUGGGCCACAGAGUGACAUCAGAAACCUGAUCUCCGAACUCAAACCCAGUCCUGCUUCAGCACCGGGCUUUCGUUCCAUAGACAGGACCCAAGUGCUGCAUAGGGCAGGCUGGUGCCACCUACCAGGCAGGUACGGGCUGGAGGAACGGACAGUAACCACUUUGAACAGAGAGAUUGGAUCCCCUUUGCACACACAGAGAUGCACACCGCUGGUCAGACAGAGAGGCCAGGGACAGGGAGGAGAAACGAGCUGGAGAGACAGUGUCUUAUUCCGCCAGGAGGCACUAGAGAGAAGAGAAAGAUCAAGAGAAGACUACUCUCAUGGUGACCACUGAACUGUUUGUGUUUAUUCUUUUACCACUUUUGAUACCAAUCAGCUGUUUUUCUUUUCCAUAUAAAUGUAAAUAUAAUUGUUGCAUGUUUACAUGGGGUGAAAUGGACAGAAACUAAAUUAUUUGACUUCAUGUUGUCAAAUGAAUCGAUCCUUUUUAGUUUUCUGUAGGGUUGCAUCUAAAUAUUGUUAAAAUGUUUUGUAAGAUGGUUAAGCUUCUCAUCCUGGUGCGCAACAACAUUGACCUUUUAUCUGAAGGCAGUACUUAUAGUAUUUCUAGUCAAGUGGGUGACUAUUCGUUUCAAGUGUAUUAGUCUAAAAAUAAAUCUCUUUGCCAAAA